CCAGGCCUUGCUGUUCCUCCCGUUGACUGCUCGAUGGACUUGCUGCCCUCUCCUUGGACGACCACAACACAACCAUCCCACAUGAAAUCAUGGAACACUUGUCCCUCAAUGAGCCUCCUGCGCCUGGCCAGGGAGGCGGACCUCAGCCUCCCACUGGUCCCCAAGGCCCCCUAGGCCCUGCGAUGCUUGGUCGCGCUCCUCCCCCACCCCAACAGCUCCCCGCGCAGAUGUUCACAACCGCCGCACAGCUUCUUGACCUGACCGACAAGAAACUCAUGAUUGUCCUCCGCGAUGGCAGAAAACUCAUGGGCGUCCUGCGCAGCUGGGAUCAAUUUGCCAACCUUGUUAUACAGUCAACAGUCGAGAGAAUAUUCGUGACCCCCGAGUCCGUUCCCGAAACACACGCCACAGGUGCAGAAAAGCGAGGGCUCUAUGCGGACGUGCCCCUGGGCAUGUUCCUGGUCCGAGGCGAGAAUGUCAUGUUGCUUGGCGAGAUCGAUCUUGAUAAGGACGACGAUCCACCGCCUGGCUACGACAAGGCCGACCCUGCUCUGGUUGAGAAGCUGGCCAAAGAGAAGAAAGUGGAAGAGAAGUCGAGAGAUAAAAAGAAGCUGAAGAAAUUCUCUGCCCUGGGGUUUGAGGGCGAGACUGUGGGGGAUGUUCUAAUAUGAGCUGGGGAGAAUUGAUGAUUGCUUCCUUCACCGGCUGUACUACAAGUGGUGGAUGGGAAGAGAUGGACAGUUGUUUUCUUUGGGGGGGGUGGGAGGGGGAACGAGACGGGGGCAGCCGGCCAUUGUCGCUGGUUGACUGCAAGGGCAGAAUAUAUUGUGAAAUGCCCGAGCAGGCAUUGACGCGCAUGGCCUGGCCACUUUGGGCCAUGUGGCGGCCAGCUUAUGAUACGACUAGAGGUAUCAUCUACUUCAACUCUUUACAGUUGAAAUGAAGAACUGGGCGUUGAGUUGACGCACACCAACGAAGCAUUUCUCCGGGCUGCUAUUUGCCUUUCCACAGUGGACGUCGUUGGAGGGUCAAGGUGUGGCAAGAUGGGACAUUUUCCUCCACCUAUGCACAGCGCCACAAAAGUGUUCCAAGGGGGGCAAUGGUGGACAAGACGAAUGUAUGUGGCUAGGAGUUCCCCAACUUCUGUCAGCCUUGGAGAAAUUCACAUUUGUCUUACCCACAUAAACGACCUCAGCUUCAAUCCUAGGAGGAGAAGAACAGAAGGUGUUCCGAGAUGAGGUGAUUUGCAUUAUCCCAGUACUAUUUAGAUUUUCACUGUG